AUGAUUUUGCUCCUGUUUCUGAUUGGCACCGUGACAUUGGCUCGUGAAUAUCUACCGUUAAACAGAACUCCUAAGUGGAAAACGAACAAUCCAAAUUAUGGACCAGAUUUCGGACAACCAGAACAAAUUCACUUGUCGUUAGGAGAAUAUCGUGUUGGCAGUGAAUAUGGAUGGAGUGCUGUGUACAGAUUCACUGCAUUGAAGCCAAGAAGUGAUGGAGGCUACGUGAUCGCUGUGUUCGGCGAUCUAGGAAAUCAAAAUGGUCGUUCGUUGGCUAAACUUCAACGAAUGGCACAAGACGGUGAUAUCGACCUGGUUCUGCAUCAUGAGCAAUUUAAUCGAAUCGUUUCGUGGGUUCUUGCUAAUAAGGCCCUAGCGAUCUUAGGUGACAUUGCUUACAAUCUGGACACUGACGAUGGUAAUGUCGGUGAUGAAUUUCUUCGACAGAUCGAACCGAUUGCCGCCUAUGUGCCCUAUAUGACAGCAGUGGGAAAUCAUGAGAGUGCAUCAAAUUUCUCACACUACAUUAAUCGAUUCACAAUGCCGAAUUCCGAGCACAAUUUAUUCUACAGUUUCGAUCUUGGUAGCGCGCAUUUUGUCUUCUUCUCCACCGAAUUUUAUUUCUACACUGAAUACGGAUGGAAGCAGAUUCAAAAUCAAUGGAAUUGGCUGAUCGACGAUUUAAUGAAAGCUAACAAGAAUAGGGCCACCGUGCCUUGGAUCCUCACCUUUGGGCAUCGGCCUAUGUACUGUUCGGAUUUUGAUGGAGACGACUGCACGAAAUACGAGUCGAUUAUUAGAACUGGACUACCGAGAACGCAUGCUUAUGGCUUAGAAAAGCUGUUCUACCAUCAUGGAAUCGACAUUGAGAUUUGGGCUCAUGAGCAUACCUACGAACGAAUGUGGCCGGUCUUCAAUAGAACGGACGAAAUUCAAGACGAUCUAUGGAUCAUGAAGCAUCCUGGACAUUCAUACCGCAAAGAACAUCACAGAUAUUUUCUGUAA